AUGGGCGAGAGGGAAGUCAAUUUACCACAAUUGUUUUCCGACGUUUCUCGUACUAUAAGCGGCAUUUCGAACAUCAUGGGAGCUGGUAGAGAAUCGUCGGGCGAUGGUUCGGGAAGUGGUUCUGGCGGCGGCAGCUCAACAAGCAGCGGUGGAAGCAGCAUUUUCGGAAAUACCUGCUUCAAAGCUUGUGGAAUGGAAGAUAUUCAAUUCGCUGCUAGGUCCGCUGGUGAAAUGUUCUCAAUGAUUAAAACGUGUGUUCUACUAUCAACCAUCGGCUCACUUUUCCUACUGCUUCUAUUGACGCUAGUCGUGAUUUAUUUCAUCUGCUCUCACAGCCAGAACUGUUCCAAAUGCACCAAUGGACUCACUCUUCCAUCAUUUUUCAAAAAAGCGGUUUCGCCACCGACGCCGAUUUCUUCACAAAAGUGA